UUUCGAGAUUCUCUAGGGGCGUCUCACUGUGUACUGGGCUAGUCUAUCUCUCCAAGUUGUUCCUAGGAGUGUUUAGAAGUGCAGGCAAACCUCACUCUGCUGCCUCAUCUACGACUUACCACCACCACCUAGGAGUGUUCUAAAGAAAGAAUAUCGUUUUGGGAUCAUGAACAGCUACUUGGCGGUCAUCGUCGCAGUAGUGGUGUUGUGUCAGAGCAGCCACUGCGCGCGGUUAGAGGAUGAAGUCACCACGCUCCCAGGACUAAGUGAGCCAAUUAACUUCAGGCACUUUUCUGGGUAUUUGCAAGCUGGCGGUACCCGCAAACUGCACUACUGGUUUGUGGAAAGCCAAAACUCUCCAAAGCACGAUCCGGUUCUGAUCUGGUUGACUGGAGGACCUGGAUGUAGUUCCAUGUUGGCGUUGCUUACAGAGUUGGGCCCGUUCCACGUUACCAAUAACAACGACACAUUGUAUCUCAACCCUUAUAGCUGGAACAAGGUGGCCAACGUGCUGUUCCUUGACUCCCCUGCUGGCGUCGGUUUCUCUUACGACCCGUCCAGCCCAUAUAGCUACAGUUCUAAUGACGAGCAGACCGCAGACGACAACUACCUCGCCAUUUUAGAUUUCUUUCAAGGAUUCCCAGAACUUCUUCCAAACGACUUUUAUGUCACUGGAGAAAGCUAUGGUGGUGUCUACGUCCCUAUGCUCACUGAACGCGUGCUGAGGCGAUAUAACAACAUCAACUUAAGGGGGUACACAGUUGGAAACGGUGCCCUCGACUUUGCCCUUCUUGGAAACGGCCUCAUCUUCUUUGGUUACUACCACGGACUUUGGGGACUUUCGCUCUGGACAAGACUCAGCCAGCACUGUUGCAACGGAAGUGUUUCUCAACAAGCCUGCGACUUCGUCAGCUCACGUGACGUUUACUGUUUGGAAGCUGUUAACGAUGCUCUAAGCGUCAUUCGUUCUGAGGGUCUCAAUGUGUACAACCUGUACGACCCGUGCGAAUAUGAAUCCUCUGGGAGUAUUGCCAACCCAAGGGCAUCUUACAGGCACCGUGCUUGGAGUAUGGUUACAAAGAGUCUCGGUUGGUUCAGUCAGGUCUCCGAUUCGCAAGUAGGGCUUACCCCGCCAUGUAUUGAUGAAGCAAAUGUUGACAAGUACCUCAACCGGCCUGAUGUAAAGGUGGCGCUUCAUGUUCAGGAGUCUCCCUUGAACUGGACAUCUUGCAGCAAUGUCCUCAAUUACACGAUGCAGCACACGACAAUGCAGCCGAUCGUUAAAGGGCUGGUUGACUCCGGUGGCCUGAAGACACUUAUUUACAAUGGCGAUGUGGAUAUGGCAUGCAACUUCCUGGGAGACGAGUGGUUUGUCAACACCCUCGGAUAUCAGCCUACGUGCAGCUAUAAGAUCUGGAAGCUUGGUAAGCAAGUGGCUGGUUUCUUCCAAACGUACGAAGGGAACAUCACAUUUGCUACGGUCAAGGGGUCGGGACACAUGGUACCCCAGGACAAACCUGCGCAAGCACUCAAAAUGAUUACGAACUUCCUUACAGACACGCCAUUUUAAAACUCAAACGGGUCAUAGCGUGCAGGCGGCGUACGUACCAUCCGAUGAACUGCGAGCAAGUUGGGUGAAAUGGAGCGAAGAAAUAACUAUGGCAUUGGAUAUUGGCUACCUUUCUACUGCCGCCACUUGCUUUCAUUCCUAAUGCAGUAAGAAUGGUUAUAGAUAGUUAAUGCGACAGCAAUCUAUUCUCAAUCAAUUCCAAUACAAUUAUACAAUCCAUACGUAAUGCGGGGCAAUCCUAGACGUCAAGAAAAUUCAGAUUGGCAGAGCUCGAUUUACUGUUGUUGUAAGUGAUGUAGUACCACAAAUAGUUGCCUUACAGAUGCUAAUCGCUGUUCCUCGUUAAAUAAAGUGUUUGUUAUUGCCAA